AUGGAGGCCUCAAUGAUGUCGAUCACCGCCGAUGACGAGUUGGCCAUCGAUUCCAGUAUUACUGUUAACCCAGCGGUCGCUGUUGUGGUCGCUGUGGAGGACAACAAUCAGCCGUUGAAUGGCCACAAGAGUGGCGUCCGAAGGGAUUCACUGAGUGAUCGCUACGACAAUAGUAUUGCCAUAAAGAGACCCAAAUUAGGCAAACCCGAGGCCACACAGUCUUCGCCCCUGCCUUACAGCACAUCCGCUGCCAAUCCUUUAGUUCAAUGCAAACAACACGUGACGAUGUCUUCGUCCGCAGCCAUACCACAGUCGACACAAACCGAAGACAUGGAUCACUCCAAUGACACGGAUUCCACUGAUUAUAGUAUUAAUUGUGUGAACAGUAGUAGCGAUAGUCGACACCCGCGCACAGGUGUGGCCACGAGUACUACCGCUACCACUACUGCCGCCACAACUGGUGCCGAGAGCUGGUCCGACGCCGACGACAACAACAACGGUCUGGAGAGUUGGCUCAAGACGUUCUACAACUGGUCGCACAACGAAAGGAUUGAAGCGUUAGACUGUUUAGUGUCUUCGGAUAUCUGCGAAGUCCAACAGAUCCGACACUUGCUUACACUGAUUGAACCUCAACUCCAAAGAGACUUCAUAUCACUUCUGCCAAAAGAGUUAGCGCUCUAUGUCUUGAGUUUCUUGGAUCCGAAGGAUCUGUUAAGAGCCGCACAAACGUGUCGUUAUUGGAGAAUAUUAUGCGAAGACAACCUCAUGUGGAGAGACAAGUGUCGAGAAGAGAGACUCCUCGACGACAACGAACCGAUUUCCGAUCUGUUUAGCCGACGUGUGAGCGGCGGUCCGGAGAGACGGCGGUCGUGGCUGACGUGUCCGACGCCCUCUUCGCCGCCUCAUUCUAACAGCUGCUCACCGAAGAGGUCGCCGUCAUCUCCGGUCUGCUCGACGCCACCGUUCAUAAGAUCUGAUUAUAAAAUAGCGUUUUUAAGACAAAAGACUAUUGAAUACAACUGGAGAUACGGAGUGCUGUCCACUGAGAAGGAGACGGCGGCGACCACAUCGUCGGCCACUUCGGCCAGAGCUCGACUCCUGAAGGAAAUACUUUAUCUGAAAGGACACGACGACCACGUAAUCACUUGCCUUCAGUUCAAUCCAUUGUCUAAUCUAAUAGUGAGCGGAAGUGAUGACAACACGUUAAAAGUCUGGUCCAGUGAAUCGGGACGUUGUCUGCGGACACUGACCGGCCAUACGGGUGGCGUCUGGUCUUCACAACUAUCACCUCAAGAUAUCAUAAUCAGCGGCUCAACCGAUCGGACGCUCAGAGUGUGGAACGCUUUAGAUGGCAAAUGUCAGCACAUUCUCUAUGGCCACACCUCGACUGUCAGAUGCAUGGCUUUACACGAGGGACAGGUGGUGAGCGGUUCCCGCGACGCCACGCUUCGGGUCUGGAAUAUCGAGUCGGGCGAGUGUUGUCACGUCUUGACCGGACACGUGGCGGCCGUGCGUUGUGUUCAAUUCAAUGGCAAACUAUGCGUUUCGGGUGCUUAUGAUUAUUUAGUUAAAGUUUGGGACGUUAUGUCCGAAACAUGUCUUCACACACUCGAAGGCCACACCAAUCGCGUCUAUUCGCUGCAAUUCGAUGGCCAACACAUUGUGAGCGGCUCUCUGGACACGUCGAUCCGGGUCUGGUCGGCCACCUCUGGCACAUUGAAACACACACUUAUAGGUCACCAGUCGUUGACGAGCGGAAUGCAGUUAAGGGGCCAUAUAUUAGUGUCGGGUAACGCGGACUCCACUGUGAAGGUGUGGGACAUCAACACCGGUCAGUGUCUGCAGACACUCUCCGGCUCUAACAAACAUCAAAGUGCUGUCACAUGUCUUCAGUUUAACUCACGGUUUGUGAUCACAUCCAGCGAUGACGGAACUGUCAAACUAUGGGACCUCAGGACUGGAGAGUUCAUUAGAAACUUAGUCUCAUUGAGUAGUGGUGGUAGCGGUGGAGUGGUGUGGCGUAUACGGGCUUCUAAUACCAAACUUGUUUGUGCCGUCGGCUCCAGAAAUGGCACCGAAGAGACCAAACUUCUUGUUCUCGACUUCGAUGUCGUCGACAAUAAAUACAUCAAAUAUGAAGAGACGGACAGUAUGUUUGAUAUGGAGAAUGAAUUCGAUAAUAAUAGAGAUAAUCUUAUUUUACUUUAA